UCAAACACAAAACAGACUAUUAUUUGUAUUUUAUCUAAAAGAUAUUUACAAAUUAAUUUAAGAAGCGGAUUCAAUUAUUUCUUAUAAACAUAUUACCUAAAUGCCAUUAACAGCUAGACAAAGAAGUAUACAUAACAAAAAUGGGACUAAGAGAUCAGCUAGUUUUAGUAAGGGAAAGAAAACUCGUAAAUCUAGCGAAAGUGAAUUCCUUAUGACGAACGCCCCGUCAGACUUACGCAGUAUAGCAUAUCCUGGAGGUGCGGUAGCACUGGGACUUUUGUUGACUUCUCGACUUUUAGCAGCUUAUUGGAGCCACAUAUCAGAUUGUGAUGAAACAUAUAACUAUUGGGAACCAUUGCAUUAUCUCGUAUAUGGCAGUGGCUUACAAACAUGGGAGUACAGUCCUGAAUAUGCAAUACGGUCAUACAUGCCACUGUGGCUGUUUGCGUUACCUGCAAAAAUAUUGUCCUACAUAAUGGCUCCUGUAACUGUAUUUUAUACUGUCAGAAUAAUACUGGCUACUUUAUCUGCAUGUGCUGAUUUCAUGUUUUACAAAGCUAUAUGCCACGAGUUUGGCGUGCACGUGGGUCGUGUGUGGCUCUGUUUGACACUGCCGGCGGCGGGCAUGUUCGCGAGCUCCGCCGCGAUGUUGCCAUCCGCGUGGAGCUCCGCGCUGGUUGCUGCAGCGCUCGCUUGCUGGUGGCGGAAAAGAUAUCCAUAUGCUGUGGUGCUUACCGCUAUUACUACGUUACUUAGUUGGCCAUUUACUGCAAUCCUAGGCUUGCCAAUAGCAAUAGAUAUGUUAAUAAUUAAAAAGCAAUACACAGAGUUCAUUAAGUGGUCAGUUAUAUCUCUGUUAGUGAUACUGUUGCCUACAGUGGCGGUGGACUCAUGGCAUUACGGACGUCUCGUUGUCGCUCCAUGGAACAUUGUCGCAUAUAACAUAUUCACUGAACACGGACCUGAUCUGUACGGAGUGGAACCCUGGACUUAUUACUUUGUUAAUGGCUUCUUGAAUUUUAAUAUUGUUUGGGUCCUUUCCCUGUCGUGCCCACUGUUGCUGGGCGCGUGCACCGCUGUGGCUCCACGGUCCACAGCUCGCGCCGGUUUCUGCGUGCCGUACUGGCUCGCCUUACUGCCCCUGGCGCUCUGGCUGGCUGUAUUCAUGUUGCAACCGCACAAGGAAGAGAGAUUCCUGUACCCAGUGUACAGUGUGGUAGUACUGACCGGGGCUAUAUCACUCGACUGUCUGCAGAAGAUGACAUUUGCUGUUGGUACUGAACUUUUUAGACAUAGUAUAUCUCGCAUUACUGCCUUAUACAACAACUACCAUGGAGCCAUGACACUCCUCCGACACGUACCAGAGAGCAGCGAGCCUCGUAUACUCUGCUUCGGCAAGGAGUGGUACCGCUCACCUUCCAGCUGGCAUCUGCCACAGCAUCACGGCGUGCGCUUCAUCACCACACACUUCGAUGGUCAAUUACCUGCACCAUACCAGGAAACUAGCGAUGGUACUCGCAUCAUACAUCCGUACUUCAAUGACCAAAAUAAAGGUGACAAUCGAACCUACGUACAUGUGUCAGAAUGCCACUACCUCGUGGACUCCGACAUCGGCGCACCCUCAACACUCGAACCUGCGUACCACAAGCAGACCAACACAUGGGACAUCAUCGCCACUGUACCAUUACUGGACUCCAGCAAAUCUCAUCCAUUGUUCAGAUCGUUUUAUAUUCCUGUUUUGUCGUAUAAAAAUGUCGUUUACGCAAAUUUAUAUCUCUUGAGGAACAAAUUGUUGAACAAUUAAGCUCAUUUUCCUUUGUACUUGUACUGGAAAACACCAACCGUUUAUUAGUUUUAGUAAAUUUAUGAAAAUAAUAAUUCAAUAAUAAGAAAACCUUAUUUAAUUACAAAGCAAAUAGAAUGAUUGCUUUUAUAGGAAAACAGUUUAUA